AAGAGGCGCCAAGGCGAAUGGGGGAAGAGGAAGAGACAGAGACGGGGAAGAAGAUGAACAACGACGGUGCUAACGCUGCUCCCCUCCUCACCCCGCACAAGAUGGGCAGGUUUCAUCUUUCCCACAGGGUGGUUCUUGCGCCACUAACGAGGCAGAGGUCCUACGGUAAUGUUCCUCAGCCUCACGCCAUACUGUAUUAUCAGCAGAGAGCAACUAGAGGGGGCCUUUUGAUCGCUGAGGCCACUGGAGUGUCUGACACUGCUCAAGGGUACAGGGAUACUCCCGGCAUUUGGACAAAGGAGCAAGUGGAAUCAUGGAAGCCAAUUGUAGAUGGGGUUCACGCGAAAGGAGGAAUAUUUUUCUGUCAGAUUUGGCACGUAGGGAGGGUCUCUAAUUCCACUUUUCAGCCUAAUGGGCAGGCUCCAGUUUCAAGCACUGAUAAACCAGUGAAUAGUGUACGUGUGGAUAAGUUCACGCCUCCUAGGCGAUUAGAGACUGAUGAAAUCCCUUUGGUCAUCAAUGAUUUCAGGGUAGCUGCCAGAAAUGCAAUUGAAGCUGGAUUUGAUGGUGUUGAAAUCCAUGGAGCUCAUGGUUACUUGAUUGACCAGUUUUUAAAGGACCAGGUCAAUGAUCGCACAGACAAAUAUGGUGGCAGCUUAGAGAACCGUUGCCGCUUUGCACUAGAAAUAGUUGAAGCCUUAGUUGAUGAAAUUGGGGCUGACAAGGUUGGGAUAAGGCUUUCACCUUUCGCCAAUUAUUCAGGAGCAGCAGACUCAAACCCGGAAGCUCUAGGCAUGUAUAUGGCACAUGCACUGAACAAAUUUGGUGUCCUUUACUGCCAUGUGGUGGAGCCUCGGAUGGUAAAACAUGGUGGAAAAUUUGAAACCCCAUACAGUCUUGGUCCAGUGAGGGAUGCUUUCAAGGGAACACUUAUUGUUGCUGGCAACUACAAUAGAGAUGAUGGAAAUAAUGCAAUCUCCAGUGGCUAUGCUGACUUGAUUGCAUAUGGGCGCUUAUUUUUGUCCAACCCUGACUUGCCCCGGAGGUUUGAAAUUGAUGCUAGUCUCAACAAGUACAACAGUGAUACUUUCUACAUCCCUGAUCCAAUAAUCGGAUAUACUGACUACCCAUUUCUUUCGUCAGAUGUCUAAAUGGGCCUUUCUUAGAAAAGUCGAUUUAGAUUGAAUAUUAGAGUAGUAAGAUUAUUAAUUGACCUCAAUGCUUGGAUUUCAUGUGCAUGGACCAAGCAAUAUGAUUAUUGUUCUUGAUUCUUAAACAUCACUCCCUCCUUUUUACAACAUCCGUCCUAAUAAGA